CGGGGGGCCGGCCGGGACACGGCGCCGGGGGCGGCGCGCCCUGCCCGCCGCGGGCCCCGGGGCGCCGGGGCUCUGAGCAACAGUUGGCCCCGCCGCCGCCCAGCAUGAAAGUGUGCCGGCGGAAGGCGCUGGCGCUGUGCCUGGGCUACGCGCUGCUGGUGCUGCUCGCCGCCCUCAACCUGCUGGAGUACAAGUGGCGGCGGGAGCCGCGGCGCUGCGGGGACACCCCGGGCGCCCCCCGCCACCAGCCGCCGCCGCCGCCCCCGCCGCCGCCGGCCGGGAGCCGCGGCCCGGCGGGUGCCCGGCGGCAGCUGGUCUAUGUCUUCACCACCUGGCGCUCGGGCUCGUCCUUCUUCGGGGAGCUCUUCAACCAGAACCCCGAGGUCUUCUUCCUCUACGAGCCGGUGUGGCACGUCUGGCAGAAGCUGUACCCCGGGGACGCGGUCUCGCUGCAAGGGGCGGCCCGCGACAUGCUGAGCUCCCUGUACCGCUGCGACCUCUCCGUCUUCCAGCUCUACAGCACGGGGGGCGCCGGCAAGAACCUCACCACGCUCGGCAUCUUCGGGGCGGCCACCAACAAGGUCAUCUGCUCCUCGCCCCUCUGCCCGGCCUACCGCAAGGAGGUGGUGGGCAUGGUGGACGAUCGGGUGUGCAAAAAGUGCCCCCCGCAGCGCCUCAGCCGCUUCCAAGAGGAAUGCCACAAGUACCGCACGCUGGUCAUCAAGGGCGUGCGCGUGUUCGACCUGGCGGUCCUCGCCCCGCUCAUGCGGGACCCGACCCUGGACCUCAAAGUCAUCCAUCUGGUGCGGGACCCCCGGGCCGUCGCCAGCUCCCGCAUCAAGUCCCGGCACGGCCUCAUCCGGGAGAGCCUGCAGGUGGUGAGGAGCCGGGACCCCCACAUCCACCGCAUGCCCUUCCUUGAUGCUGGCCACAAGCUGGGCGGGAAGAAGGAGGGGGGGGGCGGCUCGGACUACCAUGCCCUGGGUGCCAUGGAAGUGAUCUGCAGCAGCAUGGCCAAGACCCUGCAGACUGCCCUGCACCCCCCUGACUGGCUCCAGGGCAACUACAUGGCCGUGCGCUACGAGGACCUGGUGGUCGAGCCCAUCAAGACCCUGCGGCAGGUGUACGGCUUCGUCAACCUGGCGGUCAGCCCAGAGAUGGAGAAGUUCGCCCUCAACAUGACCAGUGGCCCCGGCUACUCCUCCAAGCCCUUCGUGGUGUCGGCCAGGAACGCGACCCAGGCGCUGAGCGCCUGGAGGACUGCGCUCAGCUACCAGCAGAUCAAGCAGGUCGAGGAGUACUGCCACCAGCCCAUGGCCCUGCUGGGCUACGAGAGGGUCGGCAGCCCCGAGGAGGUGAAGGACCUCAGCAGAACGUUGCUCAGGAAGCCGCGGCUGUGACGGGCUGUGCCGAGCGCCCCGGGGGUGGCUGAGCCCUGCGGGCAGAGGAGCCGCUCCGGCUGCUUUGAGUGAGGGAGGGAGCCGGGAAAAGCAGCCUGGUUUCUGAUUUCCUCCAAAGACUGCUGAAGGGUAACAUACAGUAAUGUGAUGAUUUCUUUUUUUUUUUUUUAAUUACCCUCCCCUUUCAUUGGGUUAGAUGCGAUUUGAAAAAAAAUCAAGUGGAACCGAAAAUAUGUGUAAAGCCCCUUUCUCGUUCUCUAAAAGCGCCAGGCAGUUAUUCUGUACCAAAAUCUUGUUUAUGAAGUUCUUGUGGGUUUGAAGAUGGUAACAAAAACUCUUGCACAAUUCCUAACCCAUCUUUAUCUCCCUUGGUGCGGAGGGGAUGCCCUUGGAAAAUAUAAUGCUGAAAAUCAGACUUUUGUAUGAAAGCAAAUGUUCAGACAUGAUAGUAAUAAAAGAAAAUAAUAAAUGAUAUUCAUUUUUAUAAUUACCUCAAUUGUUUGGGAAUUACAGUGUUGCUUAUGUACAGCUGGAAGGGAUGCUUGCUUAAAAUAGCGACAUGGACUUUUUAAAGGGUAUGAGUGGAGGGCUGGAGUGCAACAUUUGAUGUGUUCAAAGACAGGGGCUGCUCUCACAAAAUCAAGUAGAGAUCUCACGAGUGUAGUGCAGGUUUUAUGGCUGUGUCAGAGCAGGUUUCUAUUUAACUAUUGUCUUUUUUGUUGUAUUUAAAAAGUCUUUUUAAGUGCCACUGUAUUAGUGUCCUAAGAGUUUUAAAAGGUUUGCCAUCACAGCAGUAUUUAUUUUUGUCUUGACAUGUAUGUCCAGGAGUCACUGUCAAACAGAAGUGGAUCUACAGUGUGACAAGAAAUGCAGGGUUCAAAAAGACAUUUGUCAUAUUGGAAACAUUAGCAUGUGUAAAAACAAAAAUAAAAUUAUAUAUGUUAUAUAUAUUCUAUAGUGCUAACAAUACAUAAGAUAUGUAAGAUAUUUCUUGACAUUGAUUGGUAACAGGCAUAGCAGGGAAGCAUAGAAAAAUGCAUAAAAUGAUUUAUUUUUUCCCUUUGUCUGUGCCCAGGGGUAUAUUUAUGUACGAAGAGGGAGGAAGCGUACAGCUGUGUGUUCAUAGCUGUAACAAAGCUUUUAUGGAGCCAGCCUAGCAUUUGAUUUCAGAGCGCUGGUUGGAGACUCGGUGCUCGUGAAUUGUCAUUGCUCUAUGAUGGAGCCAGAUGGUGGUCUGGCUCUUUCUGGGAGCUUUGCCUAGAGACUUGUCCCAUCGUUAAAACUUGAUGAUUAAAAAAAAAAGAAGAGAGAGAGAGAUUUUGCUACUUCUGCUUUUGUAAUUUCCUGGAAAAAGUCCUCAUUUAUUAAAGGUUAAGUGGUGUGUUGCAUAUGAGAAGUGCAGACACCUCAAGUAAUUUUUAAUCUUGGUGGUGUUCUCUGCUGCUCUUUGAAGGCUCAUUUUGCAACUUGAGGUUUUUAAACAAACGUGGUUUUGCCAAACUGUUCUCUUAGGAGACUACAGACUUUUCUACAGGAAGUACAUUUUACAUUGCCUAUUUGGGUGUUGUGCCUUCAGAAAAUGUGAAGAGUAUGAGUAGGAGAAAGGAAAUUGAUUUGUGAAAAUAAAUUGAUAUAAACAGGAUGCUGAUGUGGGUAUGUGUGUGUAUGUGUGAAAAUUCUAGUGAUGUGUAUAUAUGUCUAUUUCUUGUAUUAGUACUCUCAGUUAAAGAGCUGAUAACUGGCUACUAGGCUUUUUGAGUUCUCGAUGAAAUUUUGGCAUUAGAUGUUAAACUUAUCCUGAAAAGGAAACACAUUUAAUAAACUAGUUCAAAGAUUAUUGCAUAAGGUUGCCUAUACACUUGCUGAAUGACUGCAUUACACAUCUUCUUCCCUCAGUUCAUCUUCACCAUCAGUAAAAUCACACAAAAUCUAGCAAUGGGAGAUCUUUUAAUUGGCCCAUUAGGAUAUAUUCCCAAAUUCCAGACAGCAGUGCUAAGAAUGGGAGGGAUACUUUAUUUGGUGUUUAAAAUAUAUACAAAGGUACUUGUGUUGUUGUGGAUUGAGGUCUUUUGUGUUACCAUUGUACGUGUUCCAGUGUGGUGCUGAGUGGACUUUGGAUGUUUGGGUUUGGGCUGUAUCUGUGGGUUUUUUUCGUUUCUUCAGUCGGUGUGUCCUGGGGCAGGGCUUGAAAAUCUGAUCUGCUUAUGGAGCAUGUCGCUUGCUUUUCAUCCCUCCACUGCUCAAUGAAGGUGUCCCGCUGCCACCGCACUGUCCUGUCUGUGCUCGUGGCAGCCGCGUGUUUGGCAGCGCUGCUCCCGGCAGGAGAGCGGGUGGGAGCUGUGGAGCCCCUCUGCAGAGCAGGGAGCUGCCCAGAGCCAGUCCAGCUCCCUCGGGGAUGGGACACUGCGCCGGGAGCUCGGCUCCCGCUCUCUUUAGGCGUGGAACUUUGCUGAGAUUUCUAAAUGGGGCUUUUUCAUGAUAGCAUGUUACAGCAUAAGCUGCUUUGAUUUUGGAAGCUGAAGCACAGUCCUUUCUGUGUGCAGAAUUCCUUGCUCUCUUCUGGAAAAGUUUUCGGGAUGAGUAAAGUGGGCAGGAAUUAACUGCCUUUGGGAGUGUGAAACAGAUGAGCCCAAUUGACUUAGCUUCCAAAAAUCUCCUUUGGAUUCUAAUUAUAUUAAAAAGCUCAUCCUGUCAUUCCACGAGAGCACUCGCUGCUCUUCUAAUAAUGGUGCAUUGCAAGCAUCUGCUUCACUUUACUGAUAUGAACACUGUGCCAGUAGAGUUACAACAUCUGACUCUGGUCCAUAAUUUGAGCUCCACCUACUACAUUGCAGCAAGGAAUCACCCAACGUACUGUACAGUUGUACCUCAGCAUUUUUUGGGUGAACAGAAGAAGUAAUGCAAUGCUCAUUUUGUGAAAAUAAAGGACUGCAAUUUUGUUCAGGUAAAGCUUCAGGAGAAGUGAAUGGGACCCUGCUUGUGGAAAAUGCUGGUGGGCUAAGCCCUAUGUUUCAUGCUGCUGUAUUAAAAAAUAAGUAUGUGAACAACUGGCUGUUAAAAGACCAUUUUUAGUCCUUUUUUAUAUUCAGAAAAGAGGAUUAGAGGAAUUAAGAAAACAAACAUAGCUGAAAAAAAGUUUUAAAUGUGGAAAAUUAUAGAAAAAAUAGGAUAUGAGAAAGAUGAUGGACAUGAUUAAAAAAGAGCUUUUCCUUUUGUGAGAGGGACAGCUAGCUGAGGUCAGAAUACUUAAAUAAACUUGACUCUUAUGCUUAAAAA